AUGCUGUGCUACACGAUUCAAAACUCCCUUCAUCCUUUACAGCUUCUAGAUAGAAACUUGCUUCUCCAACAAAUAAUCCAGAAAUAACCAAAAGCCCAAGGAAAUCUACAGAGUAACCCUAUUAAUUCUUAAAAACACGGCACUAGCAUCACUUCACAAGGAGAAAGCAAGCUUACAAUAUUAUCUCCAAGAAAAUAAUUCUUGAAUAAUAAUAAUGUUGGAAAUCAUCCGUUUACAGUUUAAAAUAAUCCAGCGGGGUAAGAGGAAAGAAAUAGCACCACUAGCUAGAAAUCAGGUUUUAACUUCAAUUUCAGUAAGAGCUCCAAAAAUGGUGUAUCAUAGCUGACUACAAAGUCAGGCUAGCCAUCACAGAAUUUGAUAAGCGGCACAGUCUAGAAUACUGCUGCUUCUUACCCAGCCAGCAGGACCACCAAUACUUCACCAGUAGUUAAAUAAAUGGAGAAAAUGCAAUCUACAUCACCAAUGAUACAUCACUCUCCAUCUCCAUAAGUAGCCUCAUCUUAAAAAGUAUCGCCAAUAAGGACUGUCUCUCCAGGUGAGAAAAUAGUGAUUAAAAAAUCUGAAAUAAAAUUUAAGCAUUCAAAUAGUAGUCUUAAUGAGUAUGACUCCAACAAUGAUAGGUAUAAAGAAUCUAAUACAAGUCCUCCAGUUAUUCAUGCCGCCUAUAAUGAUAUCAGCUAGAAUAAAACCACAGCUGACUCUACAAAUGGUGGUUAGGGGAAACAACUAGCAUUUGAUUUCAUUAAAAAUAUGCUGGGAUUCAAUAGCAAUGCCAAUAGUCACACGUAGUAAUUAUAAGAUUAGCUAUAGAAUUCUGAAAAAGAUGAAAUGGGUGCUACUCUUAAAAAGAAGUUUGUAAAGUUUGGCUCUCCUGGAUUCAAUCACAAAGUUUUGAAGAAGUAGAAUGUUAACUUUGUUUUGGACAUGAAGAAGCAUGGAAUUUAAAAAGACAUUGAGAGCGUCAAGGCAAUGAGAUAUUAUCUAGAAAACAGCCCUGUCCAGAGUGAAAAUACUAGCAUUAUUGAUAUUUCACAAUCUCCCAAUGAUGUUGUGCUACUUAAAAAAGCUUAAAGUUGCUAAUAAGGAGACCCUAAAUCAUAUAGUGCAUUAGAUUAAAAUCCUCCAACUCAAAGCACUUAACAAAUGCUCUUAGAGAUUGAAACUAACUACAAGCCAGAGGAAAAGCAAGCUUUCGAUGAGAAGAAAAUCUCGCCAAGUAAUGAGUAAAACUAUAUUUUCCCUUUCUAGAGACGAGCACGAUCACAUAGUCCUCCAAAGGAUGUCAAUCUUGGGGAUAAUAGCCAAAAUAGUCAGACUAGCAUCCAAAAUGAGUCACCUCCAGGUGUGAUAGUGGGUGGUACAGGGUUUAAGUUCCCAGGAGACUAAAAUGUUGCAAGUAAAUUGCAAAUUCAAGGAACUGGAUAAAAUAGUAAGAUACACUAGAGAACCAACUCAGGGCCUAUUAUACCCGAUAGAAAUUGCAUUGAAAAUGUAAUUAGAAAUACCCCAGGAAUAUUCUUUGGAAUGGGACCUCAUCUCGGUAAAAACUAUGAGGAAAGAUAGGAAUAGAUCUAUUAGGAAUUAGAGCAUAAGAUACUAAAAGGAUAAGAAGUCGAUGAUUGGGCCUAGGAAGAGGAGAACAAAAGAGAAUCAGCCUCCAAACGCUAAUCAGUUUUAAAUAAAGUAGGAGGGAUGCAGCAAAGCCAGAUAAAUAAUCAGUUCUAGUAGAACGGUUUUAUAGGAGAUGCAGAUGAUGUUGAAGAUGAUGAUGGAGAUGGAGACUAGGACAGCAAUGAUUGGAUGUUUUAAACAUUCGAAAAGAAAAAUCAGAACGCGAUGAAGUCUAAAGGUUUAAAUGAACACAAAAUGAAAAACAACAAAGUGGGAAAUAUAGGGAAAAAUGAUUUGGAUUAAAAUGACUUUGAAGAUGAGUUGAACAUUUAUGAUGAGGACGAGAGCAUAAAUCAGUUUGGAACUGACAACGGAGGCACUGCUACUACAGGCGGUGGUUUUACAAAUAUGCUGGAUAAAUGGAUGAACUAAAUGUGA